UAUAUAAAGUCAGUCCCACUCUCCAAUUCCCAAACUUCCCCUCUAAGUUUCUCUCUCAAGCCUCUCUCUUUCCUUUCAACCUGCAACCCAAAACUGCCACCUCACCCUCUCCCCGCCGCCACCCGCCUCCAUGAACGGUGGUGGAGGUGACUUGCCGCCGUCCAACGGCGGCGAGUUCCUCCUCUCUCUCAUCCAACAGCGCCCCCACCACCCCCACCCGCCGCCACAGUCUCCGGCGAUAGAUCCCGCCGUCACCGCUAUUGGCCCCAUGAUCCCCGUGGCGCUGCCGCCGUGGCAAAUCGCCGGCGCCGAUCAACCCCACCACCACCAACAUACUCACCCUCACCAUCUCCCACCACCACCACCCUGGUCCCACACUCUCUCUUCUUCUUCGCCGCUUUACCCUCCGAACUUCUUCGGGUUGCCCCAUAACCCGUUUCCCCCUCCUCGGAACCACUUCCCCGUCACCGUCACCCCUAACUCCGUCACUAACGGCGUCAACGCUAACGUUAACCUCGCCCACGAUCUUCGAAAACUAGGGUUUCCAAUUGAAGAAAGCCACCACAACAAUAAUAACAACAACAACGUGGUCGAUGGUUUCGUUCAUCAUCAUCAGCAGCAGCAGCAGCAGCAGCAGCAUGAACUGAAGCUGCAGUUCGGGUCUUUACCCACGGUUGCGUAUGCCGCCGCCGAAGUUUCCUCCAAUGGUGACUCCUUGCUCAAUUUGAAGUUCAACAGAGGUGGGAAUGUGGUUCACCCCACUUCGAAUUCGAGUGGGAAUGUGGUUCUUCAGGGUAACCAUGAUGCUGUGGAGAGAGAAAGAAGAGGACUUGGGGGUUAUAUGGCUGGUGGGUCGUUACCCCCCGAGACAAGUAGGGUUGCACCAGGGUUUGGGAACAGGAUUAGAGGGAAGGGUUUGGAGGGUAGGAAUGAGAAUUUGUAUGGUAGGAGGGAAGGUGGGAGAAUGGUGUCUGGUGAGAGGAGCAAUGUGGGACUUGUUGAUCAGCUUGAUCGUCCUGGGCCACCGGCCCGGAGUCACCUCCAUUCGGGUUCGGGGAAUGAGACCAGUGGCAUUGGUGAAGUUGGUGGUAGGGAUAGUAAGCACAAGGGAAGUGGGAGAUUGAGGAUGGAGGGUUUUCCUGAGUCUGGUGGAAGGGUUGCUGAUGUUGAUGUCCUUGGGGAGCAGUUAGCUGAUUCCUUGUUGGUAGAGGAUGAGUCUGAUGACAGGACUAACUUGAGGCAACGCCGCCGAGAGAAGGAUGUUAGAUUUUUGGAUUCAAGAGGACAGCAGAUAAUGAGCCAGCGGGGAAGAAUGUACAGAAGGCAGAUGAUGUGUCGAAGGGACAUUGAUGAUUUUAAUGUUCCUUUCCUUGCAAUAUAUGGGUCUCUAAUACCUCCUGAAGAAGAAAAGCUGAAGCAAAAGCAAUUAGUAGCGAUAUUGGAGAAAUUAGUCAGCAAAGAAUGGCCAGCAUCUAAGCUAUAUCUCUAUGGAUCAUGUGCUAAUUCGUUUGGUGUUUCUAAAAGUGACAUUGAUGUUUGCCUUGCUAUUGAGGAAGCAGACAUGGAAAAAUCUAAGAUUAUAAUGAAAUUGGCGGAUAUUUUGCAAUCAGAUAAUCUGCAGAAUGUGCAGGCCUUGACACGUGCACGGGUUCCCAUAGUAAAGCUCAUGGAUCCAGUGACAGGAAUCUCUUGCGACAUAUGCAUUAACAAUCUCCUAGCUGUUGUGAAUACCAAGCUUCUUCGGGAUUAUGCACACAUAGAUCCAAGGUUGCGUCAGCUGGCUUUCAUUAUUAAACAUUGGGCUAAGUCAAGAAGAGUCAAUGAAACUUACCAUGGGACCUUGUCUAGCUAUGCGUAUGUUUUGAUGUGCAUUCAUUUUUUACAAAUGAGAAGACCUGCUAUCCUUCCAUGCUUGCAGGAGAUGGAGACAACGUAUUCUGUAACUGUGGAUGAUGUUCAUUGUGCUUACUUUGAUCAAGUUGAAAAACUUUGUGAUUUUGGUCGCCAUAACAAGGAAUCAAUUGCUCAGCUUGUGCGGGGAUUUUUCCAUUAUUGGGCAUAUUGUCAUGAUUAUGCAAAUACUGUUAUAUCUGUACGCACUGGAAGCAUAAUCAGCAAGCGAGAGAAGGACUGGACAAGAAGGAUAGGUAAUGAUCGCCAUUUGAUAUGUAUAGAGGAUCCUUUUGAAAUAUCUCAUGAUCUAGGUCGAGUGGUAGAUAAACAUAGCAUCAAAGUUCUCAGGGAAGAGUUUGAACGUGCUGCUGAAGUUAUGCAGAAUGAUCCAAAUCCAUGUAUUAAACUUUUUGAGCCCUAUGUUCCCAGUUAAUUGAUUGUUUUGAAUAUAGAUUUUAUAGGUUUGGUAAUGGACACUCAGCUUGUAAAGCUUCUUUUGUCACAUCUCAUAUAUUAACCUAGUCUCAUGUUUACAAGUGUAUUUUUUAGUUAGGGUUUUAAAUAUGCCAUCUCAAUGUAAAGAACUUUUUGGCCUUUGAUCUUUUAUUUGAAAGGCAAGAAUUUUCUGUUACGUUGAACAAGCUCCCAAGGUAUUAAAUGGCUUGUGAAUAAUUAAUUAUAUAGUCACAAUGAAAUUAUUCUAUCAA